AUGCGCACUCCAUCGAGCUCCCGGGUUCAGUUAACCCCCAGCUCCUCUCCAAUCCCUGGCGAUUAUAUAAACGAGGGCGGCACCAUUGAGGCCAAUGAAGUAGACAGCGCCAACCCAAGCCCGAAAGGAAUUUACUCCCUGCCACAGCCUACCCCCAAACUCCGGCUACAUCUGGAGGACCUUACCCAGCCGGGGUCCAAAGCUUUCAUAAAUCUUAUCCCAGAUCCAAAUGCUGCAAUCAACACAGCGCUAGGCAACAUUGUAACCUACUUAUACACAUCUCCGUCGGAACCUAAUCAAGCUGGAAACAUCAAUAGCGGCAGAGACGGCAGCCAUGCGGCACCCCGAAACAAGGCUGAACCGGAAUCAGCUAUCCCGAACCCCCCUUCGGGCUUGAUUGAAGGCGUUGCAGAUUUUGUCCGUUUGAAAGCUGGACUUGCGCCGCCUCACUGGAAGCGGCCCAGGAGCAAAGCUGAGCGCGGGAGCAGCUGGGAUAAGGGAUACCAGGCUACAGCAUUUUUCUUGGAGUGGAUUGAGGAUGUCAAGGUUGGAGUAGGGGCGGUGGGCAUGUUGAAUGAUCGCCUUUUGAGGGUUGGGUAUGUUGGUGAGUCGGGUGGGAACGGUAUUGCUGGGGGCGAUGGGAACGGUGGGGCCGUUGAGAAAGCAGAUCGAAAGGGAGCGGGAGUAGUGACCGACGAACAGUUGGUUAAACGUGGAUUCUGGUAUGGGCUAUUUGGUGCUGAGGAGAAGCAAAUGCCAAGCCUCAUCCAAAAGGCGAUGGGUGACAGGGUGUCUGUAGAAGGAGCAGAAGAAUCGUGGAAUUUAACCAUUCCAUCUCCAGCUUUCUCACAAGCCGACGCCGUUUCUAUUGCAGAUGACAGUUUUGAAUAUAAAAGAGAGUGGAGGAGCUGUGGUUCCUUUUUGACAGCAGUGGUAAUGAAAAGGUUAGAAAGACAGUAA